AUGUGGGGUAUAAAUUUCGGUGAGGUGGUUGAUGCGAGAUUUCCUGAUCGUGUUAAGUCUGCCAAGUUGUUCAUGGAGUUGGAUGAAUGGCCGAGUCCGUAUUUGGGGCAGAUUGCAAAGACGGUUUCCAGUAACUAUCCUGUUUACUUAUAUCGUGCUAAUGUUGCUACUCAACAGUUGAAGAAUAAUCAAGGGCCAAACAUCUACGUGCCUGGAUGGGAGAAUAGCAAUGCUCAUAUCCAUUCAAUUAAUCUAGAACAUCCUGACUGGACCUUCGAUCGUUGGGACAGUAAUGACUGGGCGGACCAUUUCUUAAAUCUAACGCAGUUUGUCGUUCAUGAACUUGAACAGCGUCCCCCAUUCCCCCGGGGGCUAGUCCUACGAAUGCCUCUUCUUCAGACACCCAGAGCUGAUCGACCCGAAUGGUACACCAGCGAAGUACUCGACGCCAAACUCUACAUGGACGUUCAUGAAGAAACCUGGGUCGUCGCUGGCGUCUACUGCGCAUCCUUCAACUCCUGCCCCGAAUGCCGAAACGUCAUAGGCUGCCACUGGUGCUACACCAGCAACGGCAAACAUGCAUGUGUCGAAGACUGCACACCACUCUGGACAGACGACGACGCCUGUGUCGCUGGACCGGCCCCCGCCACUACAACCGCUACGCCCACCACCACCACCACCACCACCACUACCACCACCACCGAUACCACCACCACUACCACCACCACCACUACAUCGAGCAAUGGGAAAUAA